GAGUAGCUGCAGUUCACAUCUCGGUAUCUAGCAGAGCCGCUGGUGCCUCCGCAGAACAUCUCCCGAGCGCUGCCUGUGGCUGACUGAGGCGAGGCACCAGCACGGGGACUCUGCAGCCACAGGCCUGAGUCAGGCCCAAGGUUGAGUCUUGCCUCCUGCCCUGACCCUCCUGGAGGAGUGACCCCUGAGACAAGUCACUGAGCACCGGGGCAGCCUCUUUCUAUGACUCCGUCUGGCUUUGGCUGGCUGUGGGGACAAGCUGUGCGGGGCUGCCUGGGUCUCAGUGCGGUGACAGCGGCCAGCUUUUCGGUCACCAUGGCGAAGGCCGGGAACUGAGGAGACCCGCGCUUCUGCAGCCUUGGCGGGGGCGCUCAGGUCAGAAUGGAGAACAAAGCCAUGUACCUGCACACCGUGAGCGACCGGGACACCAGCUCCAUCUUUGAGGAGCCCUUUGAUGGCAGGAGCCUGUCCAAGCUGAACCUAUGUGAGGAUGGUCCAUGCCACAAACGACGAGCAGGAGGCUGCUGCACUCAGCUGGGCUCCCUGUCAGCCCUGAAGCAUGCUGUCCUUGGGCUCUACCUUCUGGUCUUCCUGAUUCUUGUGGGCAUCUUCAUCUUAGCAGGACCACCGGGCCCCAAAGGUGAUCCGGGAGAUGAAGGGAAGGAAGGCGAGCCUGGGAUCCCUGGAUUACCUGGACUUCGAGGGCUGCCAGGGGAGAGAGGCACCCCAGGACUGCCAGGCCCCAAGGGCGAUGAUGGGAAGAUGGGAGCCACGGGACCCAUGGGCAUGCGCGGGUUCAAAGGUGACCGAGGCCCAAAAGGAGAGAAAGGAGACAAAGGGGACCGAGCGGGGGAUGCCGGAGGACUGGGCCUGGGGAAAGAGCACCUGCACCCAGGUUCUGCUGUGACACUCCGGGACCCAUGCCACUGA